GCAGACUUGGGAAUAACGGAAAUAAACAAGCUAACAGCAGAAUUUAUCCAGACUCCUUUAAAAAUCGUCAGGAAAGAAAAAUCUAAACAGGGUAUCGAAGCUAUUGAAGAAGCAGCAGAGGUUCCUUUGCUUCCUCCAGCAAAGAAAGCAAAACACGAUAGCCAGCUUCUUCCGGAGCAAGCCGUUGCAAGUACUAAUCCAAGAAAUGGAAAGGUGAGGACAUCCACUAAAAAAGCACCAGCGUCCAGGAGCAGAAGAGCUCCUUCAGCAAGAGUGAAACGCAUGAGUAAAAGCAGAUCAAGCAAAAGCAGUUUUAUCACUCCAGCUACUGGUAGAAAUCUUGAUCUCUGUGCUCGAGGAGGCGCCUCCACUGUCACACCCCGGUUUGAUUCCAGAGUUUUCAAGACGCCGGGUUUGCGCACGCCUGCAGUAAAUGAACGCGUUUACACCAUCUCUGCUAACGGCAGCCCCCUUGCUGAUGGCAAUGAUGUCUUCAUUACCGUUCCUGUUGGAGGAGGGGAGAGCAUUCGUUUAACAGCAAGUGAUCUGACCAAGAAGAAUCUUCUUCAUCUCAAUCCGGAGGCGCGAGGCAUUAUGAAGAAGCUAUCUGUUCGUCUUGCAGAAGCUUGUAAGCAGUGCAAAAACCCAUAGGUGAAGGUCAGUGAAUGUCAACACCUUUUGUAAACGUGGAACUACUGUAAGCUACAAGUACACUUUAUUUGCUGUCCUAUAA